UUGUUGAGACCUGCUUUAGUUUAGUACAGUGCGCUUCCCUGGCCGGGGCCGGCCGGCGAAGAUGUCCGCCUUAUGUUGGAUAGUGUUGCUGUCCGCAUUUGGCUGGCAUUCUGAAGCCGUCUUCACCCGGCCGAACGAGAUUAAACUACAGAACAACGAGUACACGGACGUGCUGGUCGCCAUUAGCGAAAACAUCCCUGAAGACCAGCAGAUUGUGGACAGGAUAGAGGAGAUUUUGACCGAGGCGUCCCAAGACUUGUACGUCGCCACCAACAACCGCACGUUCUUCAGGGAGAUUAAGAUUCUCAUCCCGAACACAUGGACGAGAAAACCCGAGUACCAACCCGCCGGGACCGAGACCUUCGACCGGGCUAACAUCAGAGUGGACUUGCCGAACCCUCAAUACGGGGACAAUCCAUAUGUGCAGCAGAAGGGAGGAUGUGGAGAGGAAGGAGACUACAUGCACCUCACCCCUAAAUACGUGGUGGAAAAGGAAUAUGGAGUAACGACCUGGGGCCCUAAUGGCAAAACUUUUGUUCACGAGUGGGGCCAUCUCCGCUGGGGUCUUUUCGACGAGUACGGCUACGAAGAUCCCUCGGGAGAGUCCUACCCGCACUUCUACCGCCCAUCGGUAGGUGGCGUCCAACCGACCCGCUGUUCCGCCAAAGUCGACGGGACCCACCGAAACAUGGUGACCGGAGCACGCUGUCAGCUUGACCCCACAACCGGAGUCUAUGAGCCGGAGUGCCGUUUCUAUCCGCGUCCGCAAUCGAACCAAGCGACUGCGUCUUACAUGUUCAUGCAUUUCCUUGACAAAGUGACCGGUUUCUGUCACAGUGACCCGGAAGGUGACCCUCUGUCAUACCACAACCGGGAGGCGCCCAACAAACAGAACGUCAUGUGUCAAGGUCAGAGCACCUGGGACGUCAUGAACAAGCAUCAGGACUUCGCGAACGGCGCCAACCCUCCCAGGGCAGUCCAAUCUACCAAACCCGACUUCAUCCUGCUGCAGGAGAGCGACUUCGUCAGUAUAGUCCUGGUGCUGGAUGUGUCUUCGAGCAUGAAUGGGGAACCGCUCCGACGUCUGGUUCAAGUGGCGAGUAGGUUCAUCCGCAGUGUUGUGUCCUUCGGCACCUCGGUGGGCGUGGUCACCUUUUCUUCAAGUGCUUCAAUAAAACAUCGGGUAGUGAGUGUCACCUCCCAGGCUGUGAUCAAUAGCUUAAUUGCCGCACUUCCCACCAGCACUAGGGGUAGCACGUGCAUUGGCUGUGGUCUUCGAACAGGCGUCCAGGCACUCGAGGCUGUUGGACCGCCGCAAGGGGGCGUCCUUCUCCUUGUCACUGACGGAGGGGAAAACCAAAACCCACGAAUCAGCGUCGUGAUACCAGAGCUUAUUACAAAGAGAGUAAUUGUCUCUACCAUUGCCAUUGGUCCAAGCGCGGAUGACAAGCUGGAGAACCUGGCGCAACAGACUGGAGGCUCGUCGUUCGUCUCCGGGACUGACGAGUCCACGGCCUUGGACAACGCGUUCACCACCACGUUCGAAGAAAAAGCUGGAACCAAAGGAGUGAAGAUCUUGAGCGAAGACAGGACCAUCGGCGGCCGGGAGACCUACUCCAGCCAUGUGUAUGUGGACACCAGUGUAGGGGAGGACACCACGUUUUCUGUCUCCUGGCUGGACGGACGCCGUCCCGGGGUGACGCUGGAGCCUCCAGUUGGCCCUGUCAUCACCGAGGGAGACCCGAUCUAUGACGUCACAUCGGACACCAUUACCAUUGAGAUCCCGGGCACAGCAGCGCCAGGAAAGUGGGCCUUCAACAUCACCAACACUGCUCCCAAUGACCAGGACGUCACCAUUAUUGUGACGUCCAACGCCGUCAACGACACCGAACCCAUCAAAGUGACCGCACAGGUCAGUGCCGUGUCCCUGGACUACUCCUCCUCCCAGCCCACGGCGCUCAGGGUCUACGCCUCCGUACGGAAGGGCUACCUACCUGUCGUUGGGGCGACCGUAACGGCCUUCAUCGAGAAGCCUGACGGUCAGGUAGAGGAGAUCACGCUUCUGGACAACGGCGCAGGUGCUGACGUAACGAAGAGUGACGGCAUUUACUCCCGAUACUUCUUCCGCUUCACCGCGAACGGGCGUUACGGAUUCAGCGUCAACGCGAACAACUCCCAGGGGGGUGCCGGGUACAUCGUCAUCAACCGCGGGCGUGGCAACGGUGCGCUUCCGAUAGACCCAGGAAACAGUACCUGGGGGGACAACGUUCAGCAAGAACCGUUGGAGCAAUUCCAGAGGAUGACAACAGGAGGCGUUUGUCAGGUACAGGGGGUCCCCAGCGGUGGUAUCUCUGGGCAGGACAUCCUGCCGCCGUCCCGAGUGGAUGACCUGACGGCCGUGGAGGUUUCCUUCGCCAACGCUACCGUGAAGCUGAACUGUACUGCACUAGGGGACGACUUCGACCAGGGAGGCCCAGCCGACUAUGUUGACAUCCGUUACAGCCGCGAUUUUGACCAACUCGCAGACGAUUUCUAUGGCUCAGCUUCAGUCAACCAGUCGCAAGUGCUGCAGGGAAACCUGACGUCACUUCCGGAGCCCGGCUCCGCCAUGACCAUCGUCAUCCUGGUGCCAGACCGAGGCCACAACGUCACGUUCGUCUUCGCCCUGUGCAUGUGCGACGAAGCCGACAACUGCGCGCAGCCGUCCAACAUCGUGACGGCAAAUCUCGAGUUCAUCCCCGAGCCGGUCUAUAUACAUACCAACGGUACGCCGACCGGGGCCAUCGUUGGUUCAGUGCUUGCUGUGGUUUUCGUCGUCAUCUUGGUUUUGAUCUUUUUGGUCUGGCGGUCCAGGUCGGCAAGAUCACCCCAGUCAGCUUCCCCAAAUGAUCCCAAAGUGUAGUUCACUUUUUCUUUCGUGUGCAUUUCUACCUUCUUUGGAGAAUGCAUUGCUUUUGUCACUUUGAUUUGAUGUGCAUAUAACGUUGACGUUAACAGCCUUAACGUUGCUGUUAUAGGGUAGCAUGGUGUCAUUUCAAGGCACGUUUGUUCAUUGAGGCGACUGGCUGAAGAGAAAAUCUAUGAAAUGGAAAAAAAUGAAACAUGCCAGAUGCUGAGAACAGGACUGUCUUGUCUUCAUCAGAGAAAUAAUUUACACCUCAAUAAGAAGAAAGCAAAAAAUGUCAAUGAUAAGCCUAAUUUACAGUCAACAACAUUGAACGUAAUCUUUUUUAAGGAUAGAGUAAAAAAAGACUUUAAAUUAAUAAACUUUAUUACUCGACAGGUGUAUAUGAUACAAUGUGUGGGAACAAUGACAAUGUGAACGAUACAAUAAGUCUAUUCUAAGAAACUAUUACUAUGAUAUCAGAGCAUUUUUAAAUUUGUAUCAAGUUUGACAAGAUCAUAUUCGAUGCAGUAAAAAACUUUAUGG